AGAUCAACUUUUUGCAGACAACUUUGCUCCACAAAAAACGGACAUGUGAAAACUGCAGUUCAGAGUUCAUAUAUUAGGACAAAGCUUGCAGUCUUACAUCAGCAACUGCAACAUCAAGUUUAAAAAUGAAUACUAGUAGUAGUGGACAUCGUUCCGGAAAAACAUUCCUUUUUACAUCGGAGUCCGUUGGGGAAGGACAUGCGGAUAAGAUGUGCGACCAAAUUAGUGACGCUGUUCUUGACGCAUAUCUCACCCAAGACCCUGACUCCAGAGUGGCAUGCGAAUGUGUGGCCAAGACGGGAAUGAUCUUGCUGUGUGGAGAAGUUACCUCCAAGGGUAAAGUGGAUAUACAGACCGUGGUCAGAAACACGGUGAAGAAAAUCGGCUACGACGAUUCUUCCAAAGGUUUUGAUUAUAAGACAUGCAACGUGCUGGUGGCGCUGGAACCGCAGUGUGCGGAGAUUGCAGACUGUGUGUUCGAGGGACGGGACCAGGAGGACAUUGGUGCUGGCGAUCAGGGCCUGAUGUUUGGCUACGCCACGGAUGAGACAGAAGAAUGCAUGCCCUUGACCAUCCUCUUGGCUCACAAGCUCAACUUCAGGAUAAAGGAGCUGUCUAGAAAUGGAGAAUGUCCAUGGAUACGCCCCGACUCAAAAACACAGGUCACCGUGGAAUACAGGGACAACCAUGGAGCCAUGGAGCCGCUGCGCGUCCACACUGUGGUUAUCUCAGUCCAGCACAGCUCUGACAUUACCCUGGAGGAGAUCCGCCGGAGCCUGAGGGAGAAGGUCAUCGCCGUGGUCAUCCCUGCCAAGUAUCUGGACGACAGGACCAUCUACCACCUUUUACCCAGUGGGAUGUUCCUCUAUGGCGGGCCACAGUCUGAUGCAGGACUCACGGGCCGCAAGAUAAUAGUGGACACCUACGGAGGUUGGGGCGGCCACGGAGGCGGGGCCUUCUCAGGGAAGGACUACUCUAAAGUGGACCGCUCCGGGGCCUACGCUGCACGCUGGGUGGCCAAGUCUCUGGUGAAGGCCAAGCUCUGCAGGAGAGCCCUGGUUCAGGUCUCCUAUGCCAUUGCUGUGAGCCACCCCCUGUCCAUCUCUGUGUUUCACUACGGUACAUCGACCAGGGACGAAGACGAGCUCCUGCAGAUAGUCCAGAAGAACUUUGACCUGAGGCCUGGGGUCAUUGUGAAGGAGUUGGGUCUGAAGAGGCCUAUCUACCAGUCCACAGCUUGCUAUGGGCACUUUGGCAGAGAGGAGUUUCCAUGGGAACAGGCCAAGCCCCUGGCGUUUUGAGACGAGUUGAACCUUUCCGAUUUUUAUACUCCACAAUCAAUGACAGGGUAUCGUAGUGUGUUUAUUUAGCAGAUGCUUUUAUCCCAAAGCAAUGUGCAGGGUGGAUUUGAACCUGUGACCUCUUGAUCUGUAGUCAAACUCUCUAGCCACUGAGCCAUAGAUCAUGGGAUUAAAUGAUUCACUUACUUAGCUCCCUGGUCUUGGAAUUCUCUCCUAAAAAUUUGUAAACUAGAUCUAGUUACAUAGGUGAAAUAGAGACAGUUGAUCGAUUUAUGUCAUAGAAUAAUGUAAUUGUCUUUUAGGACGGGUGUUUUAAUAAUUAUAUUUUGUGUUUCUUUAUGUUCUAUAAGUUUUUUUUAAUCUUUAGUCUCGUUCAUGUUUGUUAAUGUAGGUAAUUGUACUGAUCAAUUGUUUCCCAUACUGUGGUUGAACAGGUUUCUUUUCUAAAUUAGAUUUUAUCUCAAUGAGAACAACCUGUAAAAAAAAACUUCUAAAUAAAAUGCUUAGAAUAAUAAGAUAGAUUUUCAAACUUGAAAUCACACUACAUUUCCUUUAACAAUGUCUGAGCAAGUGGGGGCAGAACCUGUAAUAUACGCAUGUAAUCAUGUAGGGAAUAAUUUUACAGCUAUGUCGUGAUGUCUCUUCUAAUCAAACUUUGUGUCCAUGUGCUGUACAUUGUUCUUUUCACCGAAAUUCCAUUAAAAAAAAUAUAUCAA